AGUGCCACGAAACAUAAAUUUCCCUUUCAUAAAGAAGUGGGUGUGAUAGAAAUCGAAUGGUUCUAACUUUCUAGUUUCUAUGAAUACUACUCAAAUUUGCUAGAAUCAUCCAAUUUCUUUCUAUAAAUAUCCUAGAAAUAAAAAAAGCAAAUAAAAGGCCAGGUGCUGCUACGAUGGAUCAUCGAAGUAACGCUGAGCUGGCGGAGACAGCGAUGGAGAUGGAGAUGGAGACGGAGACGGAGACGGAGACGAAGACGGAGACACAGACGGCGGCUCAGCCUCAGGAAGUUCCAGCAAAUGCCAGCAGCAGCAACAUCAACCAGGGUAUGCCCGUUUGGAACUUGCUCACAUUUGCUCGCCAGCUUAUCAACCAGGGAAAGCCUUCUCAGGCCCUCCAAGCGGUGGUAAUGGCAAUGAGAUCUGGAGGUGGGGAUGAGGCUGUAUUUCGGUCCUUGCAUCGUGCACGUGAAUUAUACCAAAGUAGAUUGCGGGAAAAUGCUGCUGUUGACCAGCUAGCUUCCUUGUUUGCUGAAUGUGCAAUAGCUGAAGCCCAGCCUUUAACAGAUGAACUGCCACCUAAUUCUGAUGGUGAAGCAUUGGUUGUGCCCGAUGCUCAUGGAACCUCUAUACUGGCUGAAUCGGGCAGGAUGCAGAUUGUGUUGGAUGCAUUCUCGGAUGGGAGCAGCUUUAUCUGUUUACAAUGCGGAGGUCUUGUUAGCAACAACCGGAGAGAUGAGCACUAUGCAUAUUGGUGCUGCCAAAUUUGAAUUGAUGAGCAUGCAACCAAGGAGGGGUUGUUUGUUCCCCUCUUGUUCUGUGGUGCAACAUGACCACAUGCCCUUUUUGGUAUCCGAGUGAAUAGCUUUUUUGAUUUCAGCUCAUCUGAUGUUUUACUUAGAUGGUCGGGACCAUGUAUUGUCCUGAAGGGAGUAAACUGCUGAAUUUUUGGGAUCUUUUGAUCCUCAUAUUAGUCAUUACUGAAGAGACUGUGACACGAAUAUGAUGAUAUAUAAUCAUAUAUUAGUCUGUUUUAAAGGACUAUACCAUUCUAUAUCAUAUUAUUAUUUUAUUUUA